AUGCCAGCUUCGUCGCUCCUUCGAUUCGCCCGCCUACCCAACCCGGCGAUAAAGAGAUUCGGGCUUACUCCUUUGCAAAUACGCCUGCUCUCGGACGAAACUAAAUCCGCCAUCGAUAAAGCAGUGGCCUCAGCACCCGUCGUUUUGUUCAUGAAGGGCACACCAGAAACACCACAAUGUGGAUUUUCAAGGGCUAGUAUCCAGGUCCUUGGUCUACAGGGCCUGGACCCAAAGAAGUUCACGGCAUUCAAUGUGCUAGAGGACCCUGAGUUGAGACAAGGAAUCAAGGAAUACUCCGACUGGCCAACUAUUCCCCAGCUAUACGUCGAAAAGGAAUUCGUUGGUGGAUGUGACAUCCUGAUGUCCAUGCAUCAAAAUGGAGAAUUGUCGAAACUAUUUGAAGAGAAGGGCCUUGUCGUGCAGGCAGAGAAAUGA